AUGGGUCUAGGUGUUUUCAAAACGGGACAGGGAUCCUCAAUUGUUCCUAGUUUCUCUAACCACUCCGAUAACAUCGACAACAAAAAGGAACCUUUCCAAAUUGACAUCGAAAAGGAGAGUACAGAAUCUGUGGCCCUAGAUGACACCAACGAACAGUUCGAUGGGAAAUGUUCCGAUCAAAGGUUGAAAAAAGAUUUAAAGGCCCGCCAUGUUUCUAUGAUCGCCAUCGGUGGUUCUCUCGGGACAGGUCUUCUUAUUGGUACGGGGAACUCGCUUGCAGUCGCCGGUCCAGUCUCAAUGCUAAUCUCUUAUUCAUUUGUCGGUGUGUUGGUUUUCUUUGUGAUGUCCUGCAUUGGUGAAAUGGCAGCAUAUAUCCCACUGGAUGGGUUCACCAGUUACGCUUCAAGGUAUUGCGACCCAGCGUUAGGUUUCGCAGUUGGUUAUGCUUACCUCGUCAAAUACUUCAUUCUGCCACCAAAUCAGUUAACCGCCGCGGCACUAGUAAUUCAAUACUGGAUCCCAAGAGAAAAAGUGAAUCCAGGUGUUUGGAUCACAAUUGUCUUGGUCGUCAUUGUCGUGAUCAACACUUUCGGUGUCAAAUUUUUCGGUGAAUUCGAAUUUUGGUUGUCCAGUUUUAAAGUUAUAGUCAUGCUGGGUUUAAUCAUAUUGAUGUUCAUCAUCAUGCUUGGUGGUACCCCAACUCACGACAGAUUAGGCUUCAGGUACUGGAAACACCCGGGUGCAUUCAAAGAAUACUCAAAAUCCAUUCAUGGGGACAUCGGUAGGUUUGUUUCAUUCGUGUCAUGCUUCGUUUAUGGGCUGUUCUGUUACCUCGGGAUCGAAUUGACAGGGAUCGUUGCCGCAGAGGCCGAAAACCCUAGGAAAAACAUUCCAAAGGCCAUCAAAUUGACCAUGUGGCGUAUUAUUAUCUUUUACAUCAUCACAAUUUUCCUGCUAGGUAUGUGUGUCUCAUCAAACGAUCCUCUACUGUUGGAGGCUAAGACAAAAAGUACCUCCGCUGCUGCUUCACCUUUCGUCGUCGCCAUUGUCAACUCAGGAAUCGAAGCUUUACCUCAUAUUUUCAACGCUUGUGUUCUGAUGUUCGUUUUCAGUGCGUGUAAUUCGGACUUGUACGUUGCCUCAAGAAACCUGUACAGUUUGGCCAUUGAUAACAAAGCACCAAAAAUAUUUGCAAAGACAAACCGUUUUGGUAUCCCCUAUAACUCAUUAGGUGUUGCCGUGCUUUUCUGCUUACUUGCUUACAUGAGUGUAUCUUCUGGUUCCGCUAAAAUUUUCAACUAUUUUGUUAACGUUGUUUCCAUCACAGGUGUUCUUACAUGGAUUUCCAUCUUGAUCACCUACAUUUGUUUCGACAGGGCUGUGAGGGCGCAAGGCAUUGACAAAUCCACAUUUGCCUACGUUGCCCCCUUACAACCAUAUGGUGCUUACUUCUCCCUAUUCUUCUGCUGUUUGCUAGCUCUAAUCAAAAAUUUCACCGUCUUUCUAAAUCAUAAAUUCGAUUACCGAAACUUCAUCACGGGUUAUAUUGGGCUUCCCUUAUUUUUCAUCUGCUACUUCGGCUACAAAUUCGUAAAGAAGACCAAGAUUCGCAAACCUGAAGAAGUGGACUUGUUUAGUUUCAAAGCUGCCAUUGACCAGGAAGAAGAAGAUGGCAGAAUAAAGGACGCAGCAACCGCAGAGAGAAUUAAGAAGAACGGUAAAAACUGGGAAUGGUUUUAUGAAACAUAUCUGGGAAAAAUCUUCUAG